ACUAUUUGCUUUACCAUUAGACAACCUCCAAAAGCGACACCAAACGGAUCCUUACGGAUUCUUAACACCAAGGGGUUUUUGGAUAACUCAGAAAAGAGGACGUUGAAACCAUGCAGUGAACUUCGAAAAUUAAUUUAUAAAUCCGGGACAUACUUCUGGUGUCAUACAUUUGGAAAACAACUCUUUUUCAUUUUGGACGUUUUGUUCGAAGCGCGCAUUAACACCAGCGAUGGACAAAUAUUUUUGACAGUAGGCUAUUUGAUAUUAUUGACAUGGGCGGGUUAUUAUAGACUAUAAGGGGGAAAUGUGGGAUCUCGAACAUUUUUGAAGUAGCCUAUUGUUUAAACUUGUUGGACAUUAAAAUGACAACAGUUUUGCACCUGAGUUAAAACAACAUCCCGCUGAUUAGAAUAACAUCCUACAGCUAUCGGUUGCCUAAUGGACCUCAGUUAGAUCAAAAGAAACUUUUACAUCUGAUUUGUCACGAGAGACUCGCGCAGUUUGCAACCUUCGGAUUUGGACAGUUUAGCAUGGAUCUAUUGAGAUUUGCCAGACACUGUAUGUACAUUGCAUGGCUUGGCUUCUUAUGGAGGAGUACAGCAGACCAGCCCAGCCUGACAGACCACCUGCAGACAGCCAAUGGACUAUCCGAACUGUGUGGUAUCGAUGAGCUUCUUUGCCAUGAUGAAAACGCUCUGCUAAGUUUCGAGGCCAUCCGCAGCAUUCACAAAGACAUGGACGAUGAUGCAGACGGCAGCGUGGACGUGACAGAGACGGAUGGGUUUCUAAGGGAAGACUUGAAGUACCAAGAUCCUAAAGGAAAACACAACAGCUUCCAUAGAGCAGAUAUGCUGAUCACAGUGGAGGACAUGUGGAAUUCCUGGAAGGCCUCUGAAGUGUAUAGCUGGACAGUAGAGGAAGCUGAAAAGUGGCUCAUCAACUGUGUGGAGUUACCUCAGUAUGUUGAUUCCUUCAGGAAGAAUGACAUCAGUGGAAAAGCUCUGCCCAGACUUGCUGUAAAAAAUGCCACCCUGCUUCUGUCCGUGCUGAAGAUACCAGACCGCAGUCAUGCACAGAAACUACAGCUGAAGGCUCUGGACACAGUGCUUUUUGGAUCUCCAAUGAGCAGACACAGUCACUUGAAGGACUUGAUGCUGGUGGUGUCUAUCAUCAUUGGAGUGGGGGGCUGCUGGUUUGCCUACAUCCAGAACCGGAAUUCUAGGGACCACGUUGGCAAGAUGAUGAAGGACUUCGAAGGGCUUCAGAGAGCUGAGCAGAGCCUGCUGGACCUGCAGCAGAAGCUGCAGAUUGCACAGGAAGAACAUCACACGGUGGCGGAGGAGAAGGUCAACCUGGAGCGGGAGAUGCGAAACGAGAUUGAUGCAGCAAAGCAGGAGGCGCAAAGACUACGAGAACUGCGUGAGGGAACCGUGAACGAGUUGAGCAGACAGAAAUAUGCAGAGCAAGAGCUGGAACAGGUGCGAAUGGCUCUGAAGAAGGCUGAAAGGGAGCUGGAGUUGAGGAGCGGCUGGUCUCCUCCUGAAGCUCUGCAGAAAUGGCUGCAGCUCACACACGAGGUGGAAGUACAGUACUACAACAUUAAGAAACAGCAAGCGGAAAGACAGCUCAUAGUUGCUAAAGAAGGGGCAGAAAAAAUCAAGAAGAAGAGAGGAACUAUCUUUGGGACAUUCCAUGUGGCCCACAGCUCUUCACUGGACGAUGUUGAUCACAAAAUCCUCUCAGCCAAACAGGCCCUGGGAGAAGUGACCGCUGCUCUGAGAGAAAAGCUUCAUCGAUGGCAGAAAAUUGAGAUUCUGACAGGGUUUAAUAUUGUCAAUAACCCUGGCAUGUCGUCUCUGGCCUCUGCCCUCAACCUGGACCCUGCUUUCCUGGGCAUCCGCCCUGCUGUACCCCAACACUUACUGCUAUCCAAUGACCUAGACGACAUGGAUGAGGACAUACUUUCCCCAGGAACCCUGCAAUAUGCCGCCUGGCAGAUGGAUCGGCGAGUGAGCGACCUCUGGCCUGUGGCUUCCGAGAGCCAAUCCCUGUGGAAACCAAUCCCUUCUGCUCCCAGCCUGACGUCCCUGCGGUCGCGACACGGAGACCCCGUGCUGAACCUGAGCUCACAGAGGGAUCUGAACCGGUCCGAAUCGGAUUCCUCUCUCUCAGUGUCUCAGUACGGAGACGCCCAGCGCUGCACCUCAACUCCACUCAACAGUAAGCUGUCCAGAUCCAAUGGUGGUUCCUCCACCGACAGCCCACUGCUGCAGAAAAAGACCUUUGGCAUGGAGAAGUGUGCCAGUCUCGGAGAGAUCCACUCUCAGCCGUCUAGCCUCACCUCAGCCGACUCGAUGCGCUCUCUGAUCUACACCUCCGAGCAGGACGGCCCGUCACUGCCAACAGGAAAGGGUGGCAGCCGAAUCUCUCAGAUCACAGGCAAGAAGAUCCUGGUGGACGAGGACAGCGGCUCCACAGGAGACGACGCUGAAGGCUCCAGCACGGGCCGCAAGAAGAGCACCUUUACCAAACUCUUCAAGAGGCCAAAGAAAUGACAGCAGUAUGGGGAGAUGCCAAACACAAGAGUAAGACUAGCACAAUGGUACAUUUUAAUCGUGAAGAGUUUUAGGAAGACCAUGUCAUUUAUGUGGAAUUUUUGAUUUAUAUCGUAAUUGUGUCGACCAACGGGAACAGAAACAGUCAUUUGUUGGGAACAGGUAUGAUAUCACUGUACAUUUAUUUAUUUGCUUCUACAACUAAGGGCGCUAGAUGGUAUUGUCCAUUUUUGGUGUGAGAGUUACUUCUGUUUUUAUUGGUAGUUAGCGUGAGCUGGAGCUUUCACUCUCAAAACAAACACCAAACGCUUGCAAAGGCUUUCAGCGCAUACAAAUGACUCCACCUACUCUAUACUGUUGUUUUACAUAGGAUUUGCUUGGACUUCUUUCCUUUUCACAUGCAGCCCAUCAUUGUGUUGCCAGAGGAAACAAUUGGCUGUAAAUGUUACCGUUCACGUCCCCCUGCUGAAAACACACCACAGUACGAGUAUGCAGCAUCUGUGUGCGUGACGGAUAUGAGGCGGAAAAUAUCUUGUUACUUGCUUUAGAUUUCUCCUUCUGUUAUCAAAAUCUAUUUUAAAAUGUUUCAACUUGUUACUUCCUCACAAAGGUGCCUUUCAUUUUAAGCACUGCCAAAUGUUAUUGCUGUGAACUGCCUGUGUGUGAGUCACAGACAGGAUAUGUGCUGUAGUUCUUGUCUCUGGCUUGUAAUUACAUGCCUUUAACUUCAUUCAUGCUUCAUGCCACUGAAGUCUUUUAAUACCUGAGAAGUAAUAAAAUAAGGUAUCAAAAGGGAGGGUGUUUUGCAAAUUAAAAGUCGCAUGCCAACUUUCUUUUAUUAAUAAAAACACUG